AUGGAGGGGAUCGACUGGCGCGAUGAUCGGACGGGUUGUAAGGAUAUGUGGAGCGACUGUAGUCGAGAGGGUCGCAAGGACGAGGCGGCUGUGAGACACUGGUUUUCGAGCAACCAGGAGCUGCAAACAAGUGAACGAGAGACGGUGAAGGAGGGUGGUAGGGGAAGCGACUGGAGAUUAGUGAAUGGAAUUCCCCCUCUCUCAAUGCGAUGA